AAUAGAGAGAGAGAGAAUUUGGGGGGUAUAUGCACCAUGAACGAAUCAGCUUCUAGUGUAAGUGGGCAAGAUUUUGAUGUAUUUAGUGUAAUGGACUGGAAGGAUGGAAUUGGUACCUUGCCUGGAAGUGAUCUAAAGUUUCGGGUGAAUGAAUUUGGAGCGUUGGAAGUGAUCACAGAUGAAACGGAAAUGGAAAGUGUUAAGAAGGCCACAGCUACUACAACAUGGAUGGUGCCAACUGCUCAAGAAGCCUUCUUAGAAAAGACAGAAAUAUCACUCAACCUGAAGGAAACUGCUAAAGCGGAUGGCAGUAAUUUCUGCGAAAAUUGUUCCCAUUCUGGUUUCAUGGAGGAGUUUGUAACUGGAGAGAAGCUUUGCAAGCAAAAGUGUUCCCAUCAGAUUAAAAACAGAGAACAAAAGGAGGACAAAGAAGUAUCAGAAUUCAACGGUGAAGACUAUUCUAAGGGUGGUCUAAAAAGAAAAGCCAAAUCACCCCCAAAGGGAGAAUGUGUACAGGACAGAGAAGAGAAGAAAGAAAAGGAAAUAGAGAAGCCCGAAGGGAGGAUACUAAGAGUUUCUCAAAGAGCAACACGCAAAAGGAAAAGAGAGAUGGCAAUUUUAAAGCAAACUUUAAUGUCAAAGGAAAAGAAAGCAUGGAGUUGGUCAUCAUACUUGGAAGAAGAAAAGGCUAUAGCUGCACCUUCUAAGAUUUUUAAAGAGUACCAGUCCUUCCCAUAUAACAAAAAUGCAUUUAAAGUCGGAAUGAAACUAGAAGGAGUGGACCCUGAACACCAGUCAAUGUACUGUGUCCUUACAGUGGCUGAGGUUUGUGGCUAUAGAAUCAGACUUCACUUUGAUGAAUACCCGGAUUGUUAUGAUUUUUGGGUGAAUGCUGAUUCCUCUGACAUUCACCCAGUUGGUUGGAGUGAGAAAACAGGACACAAGCUUCAUCCACCAAAAGGAUAUAAAGAAGAUGAAUUUAAUUGGUCCUCAUAUCUGAAGAAAUGUAAGGCCCAAGCUGCCCCUAAAUCCUUGUUUGAAAACCAAAAUACAACAGUAAUUCCAUCAGGAUUUCGAGUGGGGAUGAAACUUGAAGCCGUGGAUAAAAAGAACCCUGCAUUCAUAUGUGUUGCUACGGUAACAGACAUGGUAGAAAAUCGUUUCUUGGUCCAUUUUGACAACUGGGAUGAGAGCUAUGACUAUUGGUGUGAAGCAUCCAGUCCACAUAUUCAUCCUGUUGGUUGGUGUAAAGAACAUAGAAAAACCCUUGUUACUCCUCCAGACUAUCCUCACGCAAAACAGUUUUCUUGGGAGAAAUAUUUGGAGGAAACCAGUUCCUUACCAGCACCUUCCAGAGCUUUUAAAGUGAAACCAAUUCAUGGAUUUCAGAAGAAUAUGAGACUUGAAGUAGUUGAUAAGAGGAAUCCUGCACUCAUCCGGGUAGCUACAGUUGUAGAUACUGAUGACCACAGAUUUAAAGUCCACUUUGAUGGCUGGGAUAGUAUUUAUGAUUACUGGACUGAUGCAGAUAGCCCUGACAUUCAUCCUGCAGGCUGGUGUGGGAAAACUGGACACCCUCUUCAGCCUCCUCUUAGUCUGUUGGAGUUAGUUGAAGCUUUAGAACAAGGAGGAUGCCCUACUCCAGGCUGCAGAGGAGUUGGACAUACAAAAAGAGCCAAGCAUGGCAUGGGCCGCCACAGUGCCGUCAGCUGCCCAUACUCUGAGAUGAACCUGAACAAAGCACAGAUCCUUUCAGAUCGUUUGAGUGGUGAGAUGCCUUUAAAUAAUCCACCAGCACAUUGGAACAGAAAGACAGAAGUAACUGAAAGAUCAGCCUCUCCUGUAAUCAAGGGAUGCCAUACAGCUAAGGAAUUUGCUCAGAAGACUGAGUGUGAAGGAAGGAAGAUGGACAGCACAGAGUCCUCUCUAAAUGAAACCAAAGACAACAAGGAAUCCAGUAAUCAGAGGUCCCAUCCUCAGCCAGUCAUUUUGUCUUCCAAACUGACAGUCCCAGGCUUACCGUUAUGGUGGGAACAACAGCGUAAGCUCCUUCCUAGUGUGGCUGGAAUCCCUGCCAGUAAGGUUUCCAAGUGGAGCACAGAUGAGGUCUCAGAGUUCGUACGAAGUUUACCAGGCUGCGAGGAACAUGGCAAAGUAUUCAAAGAUGAACAAAUUGAUGGAGAAGCUUUUCUGCUAAUGACCCAAGCAGACAUAGUCAAAAUAAUGAGCAUUAAACUCGGACCAGCCCUAAAAAUCUUCAACUCAAUCCUGAUGUUUAAAGCUGCUGAGAAGAACUCUCACAAUGAACUCUGAUGGAAAAUAUGUACAGGGGAAGCCUGUCCAGUGCAGCUCAAAGUUUAUUCAAAGCACAAAGACUUAAAGGGAUCAUCAAACAAGAACUGUCCAAAGGGAAGAAGAGGAAGCUGGAAUGGAUGGAGUGUUGAUAUUCUCUGAGAACCAGGGCAACUGAACACUUCUGAGAAGUGCUUUAAGAUUUUUAGCAAGAUACUCUUAAAAAGAGUAGAAAUCUACCAAACUGACAGCUCACAACUAGGCUUCUUUAAUUUGGUGAGGGAGAUCAUUAAUGUAUAUUAAAAUUAUGAACAUAUUAGUUUUAUUCUAAGAAAUCACAUGAAUUCACCAUAGAGCAGUCUCCCCCCACCCUCCCGCCCCCCCUCUGUCUUUCAUAACAAAUUAUCUACAGCUUACUUGGUCUGUAAUAAUGGAGAUUUUUUUGUGUCAUUUUGUACCAUAGUUCAUACUGACAACUGAUACUGGACUAUGAUUUCUCUAGUCUCUUACAAGAAAAAAAUGUUGGAGAACAAAACUCUUUUUGAUGCUUUGUUUUUGCACGAUUGAAAAAAAGGUUCAAUGAAUUCUUCCACUGGCCUUAUUAGUGUUACCACAGUAAGAACCACCAGCAACUUCAUUCACUGUCCAGGAAGUAAUCGUACCUGUGUUGUGUUACUGACAUGUUUAGUCUGCAGCCUGUUGAGACAACAGAAAAAAAAUUAAAAAUGAUUAUAUAAAAGGUAAUAUCUUGAUUCUAAAAUAUUUUUUAAAAUGUAAUACCUUUUAUGAGACCCAAAUAAAAUAUCAAUAAAUCACAUGCAAAUGUCACUAUCAUACUCUGUGAUAUUUUAGUUGGUCCUAAUAAAAAGUCUUACAUUGUUUCGGAUUUUUCUCUGAACCAAAAUAGUUACAUACAAUCUCUGUUUAUUUUGGGAAAUACCACAUUUAAGGACAGAUUUUUCAGAUGGAGGAAGAUGAUUUGCUGUGGAGGUUUAUAUCCACCCACUCACUAGGUGAUAGUACUCAGUGUGUCUUCCUUUUAAUCUUUACCUAGUGUUUCAUCAAAAUUAAUCUCUGGUUCUAUUAACCUAGACUAUGGACUCUCACAUUUUCCCUCUACUCUUGGGCUUUUAAAUGGUGUGUUCCAUU